AGUUGAAAACUGGCAAUCCAUCCAAUUGUCAGUGAUCCACUGCAGCAUAGGCAUGUUGUGCAUAUUCUACCUGUUAUUGUGUUACUAGAAUUUCUCUUAUCGAGUACUCCAUUUGCCAACUCCACCUCUAGUCUUUGUAGUCUUCCAUACUAACUUUUCUUUCCUUUAAACUCAUUCUUUAGAGUUGGAACCAAUUUUCAUUUCAAACUAAACUUCAAACAAAAGCCAAGGAAUGUUUUCUAUUCUUUAGGAUUGAGUUUGCGAAAGGAGAUAAUUAAGGUCAUUGGUUAGAAGAAUUUUGAUCCACGCGUGUCCCCUGUUCAUGAGAAGAACUCACGAAAUAGCAGAAAAAGUUCCCUACUCAAUUCUGCAAUAAGUGAAAAGAUGACUGGACCAAAUUGGUCAAUAGUGGAGUGCUACAGAUACAGAGGUACAUAAUUUUGUACAUACAUGGAAAUCAUGAUUUCCCUUUGGAACCUGGGCAAUACCGAUCAACAGGCUACAGAUCUCAUCUUCUCCAUUUUAUCUUGCUACAAAUACUUGAUCAGUCCAUCAUCUUGAAAAAUAGCAACAGACAAAUUUCUUCAUUGCAGCAACUUUUCUAGCAGUAGCCCUUCAGUUUUCCUUACAACCUCAAAUGGCUUCAGGGCUUACUAAAGGAAAAAUGGCGACAGUGUUAAGUAUAGAUGGAGGGGGUAUUAGAGGAAUUAUUCCAGGCACCCUUCUUGGCUUUCUUGAAUCAAGGCUUCAGGAAUUGGACGGAGCCAAUGUAAGACUUGCAGACUAUUUCGAUGUGAUUGCCGGAACUAGCACCGGUGGUCUAGUGACCACCAUGAUUACUGCUCCAAACAAGGACAACCGUCCGAUGUACGCCGCCAAGGAUAUCAACAACUUCUACUUGGAGAACUGUCCCAAGAUCUUCCCACAAAGCAGCCGAAACAACUUCAUCGCCAAGGUUAAAAGCUUAAUUGGUACGGUAGCCGGGCCCAAAUAUGACGGAAAGUACCUGAGGUCGUUGACAGAGGAGUUACUAGGCAGCAUCACCAUAAAUCAAACCCUAACUGAUGUGAUCAUACCAACUUUCGACAUCAAACGACUUCAACCAGUAAUCUUCUCUACCCACGAUGGAAAGGAAAAUAUUUUGAAGAAUGCUCUGCUAUCAGAUAUUUGCCUCGGCACUUCUGCAGCUCCCACGUUUCUUCCGGCACAUUACUUUGAGACUAAGGAUGGAGAUGGAAAGACUCGAAGUUUUGACCUUAUCGAUGGCGGGGUAGCGGCAAAUAAUCCUACUUUAAUGGCCAUAACUCACAUUUCCAAACAAAUCCUGAUGGGAAAAUUCAAGUUUGCUGACAUGAAACCCAUGGAGAGCAGCAGGAUGUUAGUGCUAUCAUUGGGUACUGGAGCGCCCAAGCUAGCAGAAAAGUAUAGUGCAGCUGAAGCCUCCAAAUGGGGUCUGCUCAGUUGGGUUUAUGACAAUGGCGCGACGCCAAUGGUUGAUAUAUACGGCGAUGCAAGCUCAGAUAUGGUUGAUAUUCACAUUUCCACUCUCUUCCAAUCGCUCCACUGCAAAACUAACUACCUUCGAAUUCAGGACGACACAUUAACCGGUGAUGCAUCUUCAGUAGAUUUUGCUACCACGGAGAAUCUACAGAAGCUUGUGCAAAUUGGAAAUGACCUGUUAAAGAAGCCGGUCUCCAGGGUGAAUUUGGAGACGGGCAGGUUUGAUGAGGUUCAAGGAGAAGGUACGAAUGAAGCGGCUCUUAUCCGCUUUGCGAAGCUGCUUUCCAAAGAAAAGAUGCUCCGGCAAGCCGAUUGAAAACGCCAUUUCAGGAUUAGGCUUUUGCCAUGAAAACGUUUUUAAUCUAUCUGCGUGGUUCCCAUUAUUUGUCAAUAAGAGGAGGGCAAUAAAGGCACCCACAAUGCAUCUUUUCUUAUAUAUGUAAUGUGUUUGAUGCCCUAAACCACCUUAUCCGGAUAUUUUUCUUAGGGUUCCAAAAAUGUAUUUGCGUGCUAUACACCAAUCGCCAGUUGAUUCA